CGGAACUAAACCCAUAGCUCCACGGAGCGACACGGAAGCGUUUAUAUGCGUACGCAUAGCCUGCGUUUGUUCAGUGUUAUGAAGUAUCAUUAAACAGGUAUUUUUUUUCUCGUUUCCGAGGUGUAGAUAGUGAUUUUUUUUAACUAAUCCCCAAAUCAUAUUGUAUUUAUAAAACUAAAUGGUUAUCUCUGGGAAUUGAGCUAAGUAGCAAGUACCCUUAAACCGCGAGCAUCUGUAUGAUAGAUGUUGACAUAAUUUACUCAGGAAGUACUGGCACCAGUUAUCUCCAGUUAGAAGGGAUCUCGUAAAGAUGAUGCGCUACUGGGGUGAGCUCCCGGUGGCCUCUGUUCCACCAGGCCGCAGCUCCUUUGAUCUCUUGCAGCGUGAAUUUCGUCAGGUCGAGAUGCAAGACCCUCCUCUGCACCAGCCGUCCGCACGGCGUCCUCGGCCCACCACCAUGCUGGACGUUCCCUCUGAGCCCUGCAGCCUCACAAUCCACACGGUGCAGCUGUGUCAGCAUACCCGACGACUCCGCAGCCUAAUCACGGCAGCACAGCUGGGCCAGCAACCACCAGGCACAGGGUCUGAGACUCAGGGAAUUCUCAAAUCAGAAGAUGUGGAUUCAUUACCACCACGUCCGGUUACACCGGCAGCACCAGAUGAUCUUCUGCCUUUGGACAGCAAACCUCCUCGUGAACUGUUCCAGCUACGGCACAGUGACCCAGAGAGUGACUUCUACAAGGGUGAAGGAGAGCCCGUGACUGAGUUGAGCUGGCUCUCAUGCCGCCAGCUCCUAUACCAGUCGGUUGCCACAGUUUUGGCGCACGCAGGUUUCGAGUCGGCGAUGGAGAGCGUGUUGGAGACCCUGACUGACCUGGUGCAUGAGCAUUACCUGCGUCUGACACGGCUGCUGCGCGUGGCUGUUGACCGCGAGGCCCACCUCGGCUCUACUCCUUUUCCGGACGUGGUGGAGCAGGUCUUCCAUGAGGUGGGCAUCGGCAGUGUGUUGGCUCUGCAGCACUUCUGGCAGGUCCGCAUUAAAGACUACCACAGCUACAUGCUUCAGGUCAGCAAAGAGCUCUCAGACGAGUACGAGAGAUUGGUCAACCCAGAGAAGGCCCUGGAGGAUUCCAAUCCCCUUAAAGUGAAGGAGGAACCUAUUAGUGAUCUUGCCUUCACUCUGAAUGAGGAAGCCGAAGGGGAGUUGACUUCAGCAGAGCAGCAGAACAGUAUGCCCACUGGAGUACUGGGAAUCAGUGAUAGACUGGCUGGAGGACUGGAGGAUGGACACUCGCCUCACACCUCAGGUGCAGCAGGAAAUGGCUCCCCCUUGUGGCAGCUGCAGCAGGUAAAGAUGGAGCCGCAGGACAGUGAGGAGGGCCAGGUUUCAGGCCAUGGCGUUCUCACAAGCGACGUCUUUGAGGAGGGUCCUAUGUCUACCAUGAGUGACGCUGGAACAGCUCCAUCUCCCGGUGGCUCGGAUGCCAGCUGUGGCUCUCACUCUCCGGACUCACUGAUAGGCACCUCCCCUUUCAACCAGCGGCCAAAGAAACGAAUGCGCAAAGUAUAACCGUGUAUUUAAAGACUUGUUGGGAUAUAGGGUUUGCUUUUGUGUUUGUUUUUUUUGUAUUAGGCCCAGUGAAAAUAAAUCAAGAUUAUGUUAAGAAGAUUGUGUUGAUGUGACUGAAAGAGAGUAGUCUCUAACAAAUGGCUCCUGGUCAAUGUUUUAUCUGCUUACACUGUCACACGGUUAUAUUGUUCGGCUUAUGAAAAACAAGCAUCUGUUUAUUGUAAUGGUGCGACACGGGAAUCGCCUCAUGGGGAAUAAUUAUAGGUGGUGUUUGCUUCAGAAUGUACAGGUACAUCAAUCAAGGGGUAAUGGCAAAUUAAUUACAGCACACAUUAAUCUGCAUAUUAAAUAGACAGGUUAUUACAGUUCCUGUUCUAGCUCUGAACAUUUCCAAUUGUCACAGUGGAAGCAGGCCAUUGUGUGUGAGCCACCUGCACAAGGAAUACAGCUGAGGCUAAACGUCCACCCACAUACACCAUCAACGAUCAAUUAGCACAGAAAAUUACAGGUGCAUUUUUAAAAAAUUUAUCUGAUGUUUGUUUCAGAACUCUCAAGGGCUCAUGCUUGAAUUUGACUCAUGUAAAUGUCAUUUCUGGUGCAAGCUGUAGAUAAAUACAGGGACUCGUAUUAUAAGUAAAAUAAAUAAAUAUCAG